GGGGGUGGGGGUGGGGGGGGGGGUAAAAAAACCUAUAAAUUCUCCUACUCUUAAACAUUUUUUCAUAUCUCUUCUCCAAUUCUUCCUAAAUCCUAUUCUUAACUCUCUACUCUCUAAUUCUCUUAUUCUCCAAUAUAUUAUAUAUCUACUCUCUAAUUCUCUUCUCCAAGAAGUUAAGAUGGAAAAUCAAAAUGCCAUUAUACGGUAUAAUUUUGAUAAGCAGAAGGACCCGAAGACCGGGAUGUGGUACGCAAUUUGUAAAUGGUGCGAAAAAAAUGUAUUAUGGGGGCUUCAGGCGCAUUCGGGAUGGCAAUCAAGCAUAUGAAGUCAUGUGACAAAGCCAAAGGAUCCGGAGGUGCGGGAAGUUCCGAUUGAUUACAAUUUUCAAAAUGUUUAUCUCUUAAAGUUUGUUUUAAUUUUCAAAUGUAGUUCCUAUUUCAUUUCAAAUAAAUGCAAUUGAAGUUUGUUUUUAAUACUCGUAUCAAACUAUAAACUAUAAAAUAUAAAAUAUAAAUUAUAAAAAAAAAAAAAAUUAACCGGCCCGGCCCGAACCGGACCCGACCUGUGACCCGGGCGGGUGGCCCGGCCCGAACCGGACCCGUCCAACCCUCGGGCCGGUCCCGGGCCCACUGUUCUUGAACCGGCGGCCCGACCGGGCCCACUGUUCUUGAACCGGCGGCCCGAAUCCAUACUAGAUGAACGAGUGUGUUAUAGUGAUUUUAUUAAUUGUAUUUUUAAUAUUCUGUAUUUCUGUACUCUAUUUUUUCUAGCAUUUUUCUGAAAACGAUUAAAAUACUAAAAUAGCAAUUUUGGAUGCCUAGAAUCGGCUCGUGAACAGGACGAGAACUGGGGAGAUAAAUUGAAAUGGACCUGGGUAUAUAAGAAUAUAAGAUGUACUGAAACUGAAUCUAAAAUCGAAUUGGAAUUGACUUGUCGGGUUGGAAAAGUAAUUUUAUUCUCAAAGAGACAUUUUUGUCUCAUUGAGACCUCAUGUAUAAAUAGAAAAUCAUACUUUUGUCACUGCGUUAUUUUUAAAAAACUGUGCUAAUUUAAAUAUAAAUUACUUACCUAACCAAAUGAUGUACUGAAAUUGAUUAAUUUUCUAAGAUUGCAUGUAGUCAUUUUGCAAGCAAAAUUUUAAUAUGCAAUACCAGGAUAUAAUCACAAAUGUGUGAAUAAGAGAGACAUUGAACACUAAAGAGUAGUUAUAGACUUAUAGUGAGAAUGAUUGAUAAGUCUACAUUUCAACAUAUUUAUGUCCAUGUGUGUAUUUAGAACAAAUUUAUGCACUCCUAUUGGACAAAAUUGUGUCACUCAAUGCCAAGUUUGAGAUAACAUCAAUCCCGCACAGGCAACUCAGUUGGUUACAAGGUUGAAAUUUGGAACAAGUGACCCGGGAUCGAGUUCCGCAAGCGACAGUGUAAGAGUAAUCUCUCAAUAUUAUGGAGACUUCUUGUGCACAAUGGGCACUGGUCUAACCUUUGUGCUCAGUUGAGUUACCAUAACCCCUCAUAUGCUCUGCCGAGUUGUGACGUGAGGAGCCCUUGAGAUCGUGGAUUCAAGCCUUUCUAAACAAGAGAUCAUCUCGAUUUCUUAUUUUGUUUGAUAAUUUUAGCAAUUUAAUCCUAACACAAUAAUUGUAGGAUAAAUUCAGAAAAGACUCCAUGAAUACAUAAUGGUAUACUGGAAUUCUUAUAUCAUAU